GAUAUUCAGAUAGUGAGAAAUGCGAUUUGGUGCUCCUGCCACAACCAGAAAAUCUUCAGUUUUUUGUUAGGCAGCUUCCUGAAGGUUUUCAUAAUGCAAAGACAUCAGCUUUUUAUCCUGAUAAAGAUUUGUCACUUUUUUCUGACAAUGAAAAUGAACAUAAUAUAAGAAGUAAUAAAACUGAUGAAACUGAAGAAGUGAGCAAAGAAGAGAGCAAAGAAGAAAAUGUAAUAAACUUCAAUACACCUAAUUUAGAGUAUAACCCUAAGACCAAUAUCCAAACUAUUGAUAAAUGUGUAUUGCAGAUUGUACUAUAG